AUGGGAGGAGAAGGUGGGUUUGGCAAGGGAGGCUUUGGAGACAAAGGGAAGGGCAAAGGCAAGAAGGGCAAGGGAAAGGGAAAGGGCAAGGGAAAGCAGGAGGAGAAGCAAUGGGUUCCGAUGACCAAGCUGGGACGGCUGGUGAACGACAGCAAGAUCAACAACCUGGAGGAGAUCUACCUGCACUCCCUGCCCAUCAAGGAGCCGGAGAUCAUUGAUCACUUCUACCCUCCUGGAAGCUUGAAGGACGAGGUGCUGAAGAUUCACCCCGUGCAGAAGAUGACCUCCGCCGGUCAGACCAACAGAUUUGUGUGCUACGUCUUGGUGGGCGACACCAACGGCCACAUCGGUCUGGGUUCCAAGUGCGCAAAGGAGGUGGCAACAGCUAUCCGUGGCGGCAUCAUUGCUGCGAAGCUGAACCUGAUCCCGGUCCGACGAGGUUUCUGGGGUAACAGGAUCGGCUUGCCCCACACUGUGCCAAUGAAAGUGCACGGAAAGUGUGGCUCAGUGCGAGCGCGCCUGAUCCCUGCUCCACGCGGCUCCGGCAUCGUAGGCUCUCCAGUCAUGAAGAAGAUGAUGGCUUUCGCCGGCAUCUCUGACUGCUUCACCUGCUCCUGUGGACACACCAGGACGACGGCAAACUUCGCCAAGGCAACGUUCGAGGCGCUGAAGGCCACGUACGGGUACCUCACCCCGGAUCUGUGGACAGCGACGCGCUUCACGAACUCGCCUUUCCAGGAGUUCACCGAUUACCUGGCCCAGUCCAAAAAAGUGGCCACCUACUGA